ACAAUAUUCUCUUUUUCGAACAGUGUUAGCAAACUCAAAGACAAACCGCCAUAUUUUCUUUGGGGGUUUCACGACUUGUUAUUUGCUUUGUUCUCUUGAAAAGUGAGCCAUGGAGGAGUCGGAUGUUUUUCCUGCUCAGGCUGCUGGAGUUUCAGCCGCGUUGGAGGAGAUGCGCAAGAGUAAGGAAACGCGUUCAACCACGCCGCCGAGCGGUCCUGGAGGAGACAGCAGCCAGAUUUCCGACAUUAUCGUUGAAGACCUUGAAGAGGACGCUGUCCCCAACAACUGCGCUGUGUCAGAUCAGCAGGAGAUCGAGGAAAGUGCACAGAUGCUGGAAGACUUCGUUUCUGAGAUAGUCCAUGCUGCCCAAGAGGAAGCAUGUCGCCGGGAGCUGGCUUUUCUCUCGGUGAAAGACGACGGAGAGUCAUUUGAGUCAGAGGACGAUCUCGAGUCUGAGACAAGCGCAUCGACCUCCUUGGACAGCAGCGCCGAGGACGAAGGCGCAGUCGCUUUCCCAAGAAAAAGGAUCCAAACUUUUAAGAGUGAGGCGGAGUUUUGGCACUGGGAGCAGGUGGUUGUACGUGCGAUAGAGGAGGAGUUCCGUGCAGAGAGGGGCGUAGACGUGGCCACCAAGCCCUUGACCCUGGAGGAAGACCGGGAAAUCCGCAGACGUAUCAUCGAAGAACUGUAUGGGGAGGACUUCCCCGUAGACCAAGAGGUUUUGGUGGAGUUCAUCUACACCAUCUUACCUGCAAUGUUCAGGAAGGCCGCAUGGUUCGAUGCCCGCUACGCACAGAUCGAGAUCAAUGACCCCCAGGUGGACGUGGACGUUUCACUCUUCCUCGUGCCAAACGGGCACUUCCGGGACAAGAGUUCCCUACCGAAGCCAUUCACGGACAUUCACACUGUGGAACAACAGCGGAAGAAGAGAGAGGAGCUGUUAGACCUGGCCUGCUAUUAUCGCAGGGAGCUCGAGAAACACUUCUUCCCGGUAGCGGACGCCUACGCCUUGCCUAGGUUCUGGAAAAAACCACUGGCCAACUUUGAUCGACUCAUCUUCGUCUUGCAGAGGAAGGUGGAGGACGCCAAAGCCCUGCCUGAGGACAUACUGACCAAGCCUGCAGUACAACAGGAUCUCCACGAGGUGGCGACAGAAGUAGAGAAUAUCUUAGUGGAGGCUGUCGACACCGACCUCAAGUGUUUGCUGUGCCACGAAGUCUUAAACAAGGCCAUGGGGCUGGUGGGAUGUGGUCACGUGUUCUGCUCCUCCUGUCUUGACCAAUGGCUGACAUCGACUGCCAAGACGACAAAGUUCUGCCCCACCUGUAAAGAGGUUGUGAAUGUGGAGACAGACCUGCAGCCAGUUCUCAGGUUCACUUGGCUGUGGCUGGACGAGAAGUCGCGCUCUAGCGAGGGACUACUCGUGUGUGACGAGUGCAAGAUGUAUCUGUGCCACGCAUGCGAACAGAAGAACGCCAACAUGGAGGCUUUCCUGCGCUGGUUGGAGAUCAACAACAUGGACCUGGAUACGGCUGCGCAGAUCUGUGCCGAGGUGGAGAACAUGCGCCUAGCACGCCGCUGCCGCAGGGUCAGCAUCUAAUGUAGUCAUACAUAAGCCUCGUGUUAAUGUCGGGUUACUACUACGUAGCACUUUUUUUUUUCUUUAGGAUGCGUUCUUGCAUUAUGUUGUUGACUGAAACUUGAAAAAGGUUUGAAUUGGAGGCGUAUUCUUGUUCCAUUCGUGAAAAUGAUAUCGACCUGUUAAUGUAAAACAAGUUGGAGUUGAUGCUUUUGAUCGAUAUCUAAGCUUCCAAACGUCUUCCUGACGACAAAGUACUUCCUGUUAUAUGUACAUGUAGACGGACUAACAUUAAUGUUUGCUCAAAUAAAGAAUUAAAAUAUGCCAUAGGUAGAAAGUAGAACAAUGUAUUAAAUGUCAUAGAAUAAAUUGACACAUUUACUUUGAACUCUGUAUGCCAUGGAAGUGUUGUUAUAUACGUAUACAGUGUACUUACAAUCGAAUUGGUUAUAGUUAUUUAAUAAGUUAGAUAAUAGUUAGUGUAAUAGGUACAGUGUCAGUGUAUAAACUACGUGUUUUGGGAAUAAGUAAAUAAAAAGAGUUAAAAGUUAAA